AUGACGUACACUGCCAUUGUUAUGUACCCCAAUGAGGCUGACAUUAAGUUCGACGAGUCAUACUACAUCAAAACCCACAUGCCACUCGCCGAAAGCAUCUGGAAGAGCCACGGCCUGAUCGGCUGGCGCGUCAACAAGUUUCCUACCGCGCUCAAUGGCUCCCCGUCUCAAUAUCUGAUCAUGGCUACCCUUGAGUGGGAGAGCCAAGAGUCCUUGCAGGCUGCUAUGCAGAGCCCUGGCACUGCGAAGGUGUUUGCCGAUGUCCCCAACUUCACCAACAGUCGACUUUUCAAUGCAUGUUAUCAAUGA